AUGAAUCACUCAGAUAUUAAGUUAACAUCUGAACACGGUAGCGCUGCUAAGGUUCCCUUUGACAGUAACAAAGCGGACGAUUCGUUAGACACUUCACUACACAAUAAUAAUUCAGGUGAUACCUCUACGAAGGUUCCACAAGAUGAAUCUUUGAAAAAUUCUUUUAAAGGAAUCAACGGUUCUCCUGCAUACGGUCCGAGCAAUAAUCCAUAUUAUUCACCAUAUGCGUUGAUGUCCCACCCAUACCCAAUUGGUUGGUCUCCAUAUGGUAACCAUUUUACACCACCAAUCUACCCUAAUUACUUUGACCCAAAUUACGCAGGUAUACAUCCCGGAUUGCAAUUUCCUAUCCCACCUUCGAUUCCUAGUGACUAUUACCAUCACAAUCCUCCAAUUACUCCAACUCAAGCACCUCCAAGCACCUCUGCUACGGAUUCAAACUCUCAAACCCAACAUGCUUCAGUUAUUUCAAAACCAAAGGACAUGAUUAUGCUAACCAGAGCUACGUCGGCUCAUGAUUUUGACAGAUGGAUUACUGACUUUGUUAAAUUCCUAAAGCAAAACAAGUUAGAUGACUUAAUCCCAGACAAAUACGGUUCUGCCAAACGUACCCCAAACAAUGUUGAUAAAGCCUUUAUCUUAAACACAUUUAAUAUGUAUGUGCCAGAAAAUUCGUAUCCUGACUGGAUGAAACGUUCAGCUUCGAAGAAGACUGAUCUUCUUACUCUAAUUCUACAUGCCAUUGGAACUGUUGCUAAUAAUGAUCCACUUGAGGAAUUAAUCAAAGCAUUGAAUAACCUCACCUUCGAUGGAUCCAGCGCUGCAUUUAUAUUUGCCGCUAAAAUACGUUCUCUAGUAGAGAAUUGUAGAAAUUCUGAGAUUAAUAUUCCCGAAACCCUCAUUUGCAAGUGUAUUAUGAAUGGCUUGAAAGGAGCAUAUCAUUCGUUAACAAAAAGAUAUGCUCUGGACGGUACUGAGGUAACUUUGGAUUUACUUUUAAGAGAUAUCCAAAUUUUAUACGAACUCGAGAACAAACGGGAGAAAACUUCCAACCGGAUAAAACCUACACCGAAUACUGCGGUCAAACCUGUAGCUACUAAUGUGAAAAAUAAUUCUGUUGCUAAAGUGACUAAUGCUAAGUCAGCAUUUAAGAAGUCCACUAAGCCAACUUCACAUAAAGCUAACAACAUCACACCAGGUCUGGUAGAGCUGGAUGCUGAUGACAAUACCCUUAGGCUCGCCUAA